CGGGCCCGUCGGGUCGCUUGGGGCGCGGGUUCACCCGCCCUUGUGCCCCCGCGCUGCUGAGGGGAGCCCGGCGGCGGCGCCCGGCGUGGGGGGGCUCAUUGUGCUCCUUCCCCCGCUCCAUCGCGUCCUGGCGGCCGCCCGGCUCCUGGGAGGCGGGCCCCGGGGCAGGCCGGGGGGACGAGCGGGACGGGCCUUUCUUCUUUAAAACCUGCCCUUAUGUGCUGUUGGGGUUUUUGUGUUGUUUUUUUUUUUUUUGAAGAGAAAGCCUCUACCCUUCCGUGUGGUUUGUGCCUCCUGCCUUGUCACCCGAGAAGGGCUGAGGGGUUGCAGCCGGUGUGGAUAGGAAAGCCAGGCCUUAGCUGAGCAGGCCGGGCUGUGCGUUGGGUGCCUUCGAGCCGGGUUUGGGUGCUGGGCUGUUCUGAAGGAGAGCCCCGCUAGUGCCCGUGCCCGCGGGAGACCUUGGUGUGCCGUGGGGAGAAAGGGUCGGAGGGGCUGCCGGGCAUAGAUGCAUCCAGUCCUAAAGGCCUUUGUGUGUGGCUCCAUCAGUGGGACUUGCUCCACACUCCUCUUCCAACCCCUUGACUUGCUGAAAACCCGCCUGCAAACUCUGCAGCCUGCUGUGAAUGGGUCCAGUCGUACUGGGAUGGUAACACUGCUUUUUAGGGUUGUUCGUACUGAGAGUCUUCUGGGACUCUGGAAAGGUGUCUCUCCAUCCUUUGCAAGAUGUAUUCCUGGGGUUGGGAUUUACUUCAGCACUUUGUACAUGAUGAAGCAAAAGUUCCUAGUGGACCGUUCACCCACAGCCCUGGAGUCUGUCUUUCUGGGUGCCACUGCACGUGCAGUAUCUGGGAUUUGCAUGUUGCCAGUGACAGUAGUGAAGACCCGGUAUGAGAGUGGAAGAUAUGGCUAUGGGAGUGUGUAUGGAGCUCUGAAGAGUAUCUAUCAGACAGAAGGGGCUCGUGGCAUGUUCAGUGGGCUCACCGCAACGCUGCUGCGGGAUGCGCCCUUCUCUGGGAUCUACCUGAUGUUCUACACACAGACCAAAACAUUCAUGCCUCAGGACCAGCUGGAUCCAGUGCUCAUGCCCUUGCUGAAUUUUGGCUGUGGGAUCUUUGCGGGAAUCUUGGCCUCCCUGGCAACGCAGCCUGCAGAUGUCAUCAAAACACACAUGCAGCUUUCCCCCCAAAAGUACCGCAGGACAAGCCAGACCAUUGCCUUAAUCUACAAGGACUUUGGGUUGGUUGGCUUUUUCCGAGGCGGCGUGCCUCGUGCCCUCAGGCGGACUCUGAUGGCAGCAAUGGCCUGGACAGUGUAUGAGCAGAUGAUGGAAAAAAUGGGUUUGAAAUCUUGACUGACUUGCACAAGAAACAACUAGCUUCACUCCUCCUGCUUGCUGUGAUCAACGAGCACUAGGAAGUUCCUAGUUCCACAGAGGAAUGAGCCUUGCUGAACAAGGAAGAAGAAAACCCUGUUGUUUAGGGGGUUAGGCCUUUUGGUCAGUAGAAGAAAGAAGGAUCAGAUCUUUGCAUCAUUUGAUCAAUGCAUUCCAGAAGGACUGCACUUGCAGACUGCCAUGGGAAAUGGCAGGGUUUCUACAGCCUGGUAACUGCUGAGAGAAAAGCCAGUUUUAAAAAUAGCUCUGUGCUCUCCACGUUUAUGCAGUGAGACACUGCUGAUUGAAAGUGUUUGAGCAGAAAACAGUGGUUGCAGACCCUGCCAAGCCUGUUCUUUGCUGGUCUGGCCAGUAAGAAGACAAUGACCGACCAUCUGAUGUAGGUCCUUUUCCCAAAUAUAGUUUGUUCUUGCAGGGCUAUAUUGCAGACCGCAGUAGAAGACUGGGUGUGUCUUUUAAUGCUUAUUUUGUGGGAGUGAAUGGGUGGAAGAUAAAUUGUUGAAGGAAAGCUAGGAAUAUGGUCUGUGUCAUCACUUUUGUGUUGUGCAGGAUAGCAGAGAAGGUAACUGGAACCUCCUUGCUGUGUCAUGUGUUACUAUGUAAUUGAGACUCUUGAAAUGUGCUUCUGCCUCUACAGCAGUGUUUGCACAGGAAUUAAAAAGCAUAAGGCACUUUAAACUUGAUUGCUACCAAAGUUCUACUUAUUCUCUGAAAAACACUUUUCCUGCUGGUCUGGCUAUAUCAGGAACACUCAAGUAUUUCUCCAGUUGUACUAGAGACUUACUUGCUUCCUGUUAUGCAUUCGUUAGUCCAGAAUCAACACCCUCAGUGUUGAGCUGGUCCUUAGAUGUAGCUUUUAGAGCCAUAAUUCAUAAUGCAUAAAUGUGUAAUGGAAGCAGAUAUAGAUACUGACACUUCAUAUUUCCCUUAAAAGUUGCUGCUUGAUUGUAUCUUCGGGUUUGGAAAGAAGAGACUUCUCUUUUCUGUAAGGUUUCUCCAAAGUUUGAAACCUAUGAGUGUUUGGUAGUAAACUCUAAUUCUCUUCUGGCUCCACACAGACCCUUCACAGUUUCCCCACUCAUCAUUUUGUCUUAGCAGGUAGUCUGUAUUUUGGUAUCCCUUAGUUUAGCCUUAGAGAUGAAUACACUUUCUUUCAUCCACUGUGCCUUCCUUCUCAUUCCUACUUUGUUAGACCUCAUAGUAUAUGGUGUCCAAACUUGGGUUCAGCCUGCUCCCUUCUUCACUUGUGCCUCUGUGCUGGCAGCCUAGGUUGGGACUUGUGCAGCUCCCUUGUUUUUGGUGCAAAGCUGGGCAUAGAAUCGUGCACCCUGGUCCGUAGUGUGCCUUGCAGAAGACAUAGCUUUGGCUUUUAUUUUUUUUAAUAUUUAAGGAUAUUAAAAAUCACUUUAGAAGCAGAGAUGUCUCAAGUAUUAAAAUGUGACACCGUAGCUGUAUAAACGACUGCUACUACCUGCCUGUUGCUCUUACAAUUUAGUGUAAUAUACACAGUCACUGCCUGCUCUGGCAACCUCCUGAGCACAAGACUAGAGGGGAUGUGAGUUGUAAAAGAUGUUCUUUACCAGAUUCCAGCUCCAAGGAGGUUUGACGCCUGGUGUGAAAGUUAAGUCUGAGUAAAGCUUAAGGGCCGGGCUGGAGGCAUGGAAGGUGCUGCCUGGUUUCUGUCUCAGUCCAUCUGUGAGGGGAGGCUGGCACUACACUGUGCAGAAGUUUCCGAGAAUGGUGGUGGAGGGCCCUGUAUGUACAUAUCUAUAUGUUAAUAAUAGAGCAGUGCAUCAAAUCAUUCCACGAUCUGACUGACAAGCUGUCAGACUCCCUCUGCUGCUUCCCACUGUCAGGCACAUGGGCACAUCAUUUGCCAAAUUCUGAAUAUUAACUGUUCUUUUGCUGUCCCUCCCACCCUUAGUGACCUGAACUUGUGAGGGUGCAUGAAACUGUAGUAACUGCACAUCCUGCUGUUAGUUAUCCUGAGCUCUGCUGGCACAGGGAGCUGGAGUACCAAGUCUAGGAUUGCUGACCUGGCAGAGUAAGCUGGCAGUUACAUGAGUUACCUCAUGUCUUUUACUUCCCUAUGUGUGGGAUCAAAGCAACUUACUGUGUGGAAAGCCUGAAUUUAUUUGGGGCUUUCUUUCACACUCUGGUGUGUGAGCUGGAGCUGUUGUUCAUCCUGGGCUGUGGCAGUCAAGGGCUGUGUAUGGAGCUGCCUGCGAGAUGCUUCAUGAAUAUUUUAGCUUCUGAUUUAGCAGUGGCAAAGCAGCUUGCAACUUGUGCAGACAGAAAUUUGGGCUCUUAAAAAUGAGGCAGAUGAGGGAAGAAUACCAGGUGAUAAAUCUUGAAUUAAGUAACUUCCUCAUGAGAAACUUGAAAUGCAGGAACAUUUCAGGAGCUUUCAUGCCCUGUACUCCUGUUUGGUCAUAUAAUGGAGGAAGAACUAGGUAAUUUAUUCUGCUGUGCUGGUGUCUUAAAGUCUACCAAUUUGUUUUACUUUUUUUUGUGCGGAUUCAGACCUAAAUCAGUGCUCUUCCUUUGCAAAAGUUCUUCCAUUCUCCUCGCUUGUGUGGAGAAUGAGGAGACUCUUUGUUGUUGCAGUGGAGUGAAAAAGGUGUAUACUUUUGACUUGUGAAUUAGCCUGGGCUCCUAAGAGUUUAAGAAAUGGAAAAUCUGAGCUGCCCUGUGUUUCAUCAGUCCCUCGUGAUGCAAAUCCAAAAACUUCUCUACAUGUGAACUGGGGAGAGAGAGUUCUGCAGUGCAAGUUUCUUGUUUUUCUUUAUUAUUUUCUUUUGUCAGGUCUCUCAUAUGGGGAAAGGGAAACCCUGAAGUUCUGUUUCACUGUCUUCUGAAAGCUGUAUCACAUAGGCAGCUAUGAGGCUAUUUCUCAGCUCUGAUCUUCCUUCACCAUUCUCCCCUCUUCAAAAACAUUGUUUCUAAAUUGGUUUGUUGAAUGUACUUGUUGAUAGCUAUAGCAAGUAAAGAAGAACAAGUGUGCAGACUUGAGUUUAGAUAUACUGCUCUUUGAGGUUAUAUGCUUCUAAUUAACAACAAAUGGCCACUGUACAACCUAAAUACAAAGUAAAUAAAAUAAAAGAUCUGGACAGAGGUGCUUAAUCAUCUACCUGCAUCAUGCCAGCAAUUCAACACUAACAAUCAUUUCAGAUAAUCAUUUCCAAAGCCAUCUUAGCCACCAGGGAAGGUGGUGUGAUCCUUUCUGUAUAUGGCAGGAUGGCAGUUGGAUCCCUCUCGGAAUGACCUCCGUUGCUGGCAGUACACUGUUAGUGAAUGUGCACUGGCUGUGCUUGCCCCUGCAGCUGGGGUGUAAAAACAGCUGGUUGACAAGUUCAGGCAGUCAGUAUUUAAGUGGAGCGCAAGGACACGAGAAAUAGUCUGAUUAUUUAUGUUUUAGAAGCAUCACAUUUCCAUUCUUCCUGUGUCAAUGAUUUAAAUUUUUUUUUUUUUUCAAUCCUUGCACUGUUUAAACAGAACUGGAGCUUUGGAACAUUGCAUAGGUUUGAGUGGUGUGUGUGUUUAUGUGUCUAUAUAAAAUAUUUAUGUGAGAAGGUGUAUUAUGCGUUUCUAUUAAAAACUGGUUGCCAAAAUGA